CAUAAUUUAUGAUUACAACUCUUUAAAACUUCAUAACUGAGAUUUGAAGGUUGAAGGCCUUGCUAGAUUGCUAAGGUGUUUUCUUGGGAUGAAUCGGCAUUCGCUCUAAAUAUCUGGUAUUUAAGUCAUUGCAUUACUUGUGUCUCGAUAGCAGCCUGUCUGUUUCUCUCUCUACAGGAGUUGGAGUACCAGAAGAGUCAGCCUCAGACCAACGGUGAUAAGUUUGUGUCUGUUGUGAGUCAGUUCAUCACUGUGGCUGGUUUCAGUUUCUCUGAAGUUGAAGACUCUCUUCAGGACGCCAAGGAUUUGUUUGAGAAGGCCGUGAAGCACUUUGGUGAGGACGCCACACGCAUGCAGCCCCGAUGAGUUCUUUGGCAUCUUUGAUCAGUUCCUACAGGCCUUCAGUGAAGCUAAACAGGACAAUGAGAAGAUGCAACGACGCAAGGAGGAGGAAGAGCGCAGGGCUCGCAUGGACGCGCAGCUCAAGGAACAACGUGAGAAGGAAAGAAAAGCUCGGAAAGCCAAAGAGAACUGUGAGGAGGAUGGAGAAUUCGACGACCUGGUGUCUGCACUCCGAUCCGGAGAGGUGUUCGACAAAGACUUAUCGAAGAUGAAACACAACCGCAAACGUCCCGUCAAACAGAGCGCAGAGAGCAGCAGAGAGAGGCCCAUCACCAAACUCAACUUCUGAGGAAGCCGAGUGAGUGAGUGAGUGAGUGCUGCCAACUGUUGGUAGAGCCGGGACGUUACACCUGCGUGCACAAGCUCUACCUCUGUUCAGAACUGGAGAGGAUAUCCAGGCCCUGUUUUGUGCUGACUGCCAAAAUACUUCUUAAAGAUUUCUAGUCUUUUCUAAACCUGUAAAUCAGAUGUGACCGUGUUUGUGUUGAAGACGAAAGGAGUCAACACAGAAAGAAUGAGCAGAAAGGGCUACAAACUGAAAUGCAGAAACACCCAUUUCCACAGUUUUUCCUGCCUGGCCAUAAACCCCAUUUAUAUCUGUCUGUUCAGAUACUGCAUACAUUUUUGUUGAGUUAUUGUUGGUGUACAACGUGUACUAUCAAGAACAGGCCUUGUUUUGCAAUAUGUGGUGUGCUAAACACUAAAUGUCAGUGUUUUGGAAGCUGAAGUGAUUUUUGUUGAAUUGUGGGACGCAAGUAAUAACCAGUGAUACUUGUAUUUCAUUGGAUGAUGAGAUUGAUGUGUUUAUAAAGAGUAUUUCCUUUUGUUACAUUUU